AUGGAGGAUGGGAAGAUGGGGAACGUGGCGACGGUCCGGGCGGUGCUCGCCAUCCUCCAAUGGUGGGGCUUCAACGUCACCGUCAUCAUCAUCAACAAGUGGAUCUUCCAGAAACUGGAGUUCAAAUUCCCUCUGACCGUGUCGUGUGUCCACUUCAUAUGCUCUUCUAUUGGAGCCUAUAUCGCAAUCAAAGUGCUCAAAGUAAAACCACUCAUCGAGGUCGCCCCCGAGGAUCGCUGGAAAAGGAUAUUCCCCAUGUCAUUUGUGUUCUGCAUAAACAUAGUGUUGGGAAAUAUCAGCCUGCGGUACAUCCCGGUCUCUUUCAUGCAGACCAUAAAAUCCUUCACUCCUGCAACAACAGUUAUUCUGCAGUGGUUGGUCUGGAGGAAAUAUUUUGAGUGGCGCAUAUGGGCUUCUUUGAUUCCAAUUGUGGGUGGAAUCCUCUUAACUUCAGUAACUGAACUAAGCUUCAAUAUGUUUGGUUUUUGCGCUGCCAUGGUUGGCUGCCUUGCCACAUCUACAAAGACCAUCUUGGCAGAAUCCCUGCUCCAUGGAUACAAAUUUGACAGCAUUAACACAGUGUACUACAUGGCACCCUUUGCCACCAUGAUACUAUCGAUACCAGCGAUCGUACUCGAAGGGAGCGGCGUAAUCAACUGGCUGUACACAUACGAGUCAACCGUCCCUGCACUGGUCAUCAUAAUCACCUCGGGAGUUCUCGCCUUCUGCCUGAACUUCUCCAUCUUCUAUGUUAUCCAUUCAACGACAGCGGUGACCUUCAAUGUAGCCGGCAAUCUCAAGGUGGCUGUCGCGGUACUGAUCUCCUGGAUGAUCUUCCGGAACCCGAUCUCCGCCAUGAACGCCGUGGGGUGUGGGAUCACGCUCGUCGGCUGCACCUUCUACGGCUAUGUGAGGCAUUUGAUCUCCCAGCAGGCCGCCUCCCCAAGCCCGCGCACCCCGAGAAGCCGGUUGGAGAUGCUCCCCCUUGUAGGCGAAAAGCAAGAGAAGAUCUAG